AUGGAACCAUGGCGGAAACGAGGGUUUGUCCCAGAUUCAGAUGAUGAAGACGAAUUUCAGUCCUCCGAGGCCAAGGAUGAGAGUCCUCAGAAUGCGCAAAACGGUAUUGAAGAGAGUGAUAUCGACCUCGAAUAUAUUACCAUUCCUACUGAGCCAACAGACACUGCCAAGGACCAUGGGAUUGAUAAAGAGAAAACAGUGGCGCCUUCGGACGUGGAGGGAAUGAAACCCGGCUUCAUUGAACCAGUUUUAGGUCCAUCAGCUGAAAUCGAACCGAAGAGGAACUCUCCGAACAUUGUGAACCAACGAAGCCUUGCAUCUGAAGACCGAGCUCCAAAACCUCGACGCAGGAUAACAUAUGGGAACCGAUUGGCAAGCACGAAGGCAACGAGCCCGCAAGAAAUUGUGCUGUCUAAAGUCUCUCCCAAUGAGGAUGAUACUAUGUGGGACAUCCCUAGUUCACCGGGGAUCACUACUGGGUUUGCACGAAAAUCACGACGCCUCAAUCCCACACCGAACACCUCGACGUCUCCAAAAAGCACACAAUCUCCGAUUCCAAUACGGCGCAAGCUAUCUAAGUCAGGCUUCACUGCAAGAUCGCGAAGCUCUUCUCCCGAUGAGUUGAAUGUAGUGAUGGUCUCACAACCUGAAUCAACUACCACGAUCAACCAUGCUCAGGUUAAUAACACGCCGCAGCCAGUGCCACAUGGCUUAAGUGAUGAUUCGCCUUUAUCAUCACCUCCAUCAUCUCUAAAAUCCCCUCCCCUUGAGCUACUUGAGCCACUGGACAACAUGCUGGAAACAACUAUAACCGCUGCCCAACAAGAGAUUCCAGAUGAAGCUAUGUCUGAAGUGGAAAUCACACAGGAACUUUUGCAGCAGUCUACUCAGAUGAGAAGAAACUUUCGAGAACGUAAUGCAAUCCAACUUCACCCGUACGCCCUCGAGAUGGCCAAUUACCAGAAGCAAAUGAGGGAAAGAGGAGUAAAGCCGAUCCGUAUGGCGAUAGAAACCAGGAAAGACCAGGCUCCAGGAACUACGGAAGAAAGCCAGAGACAAGAUAAUUUCAAUCCCGAUGCACUAAAUUCCAGUCCACCACCAGAAGAGUACUUUCGUGAUCGGCCUCAAGAUGGGGACGUGCUCAGACAGAUUCGACAUAAUGGCCAGCAAAGUCCCGCCAUUCAUCGCUCUCAAUCUUCCAAACGACAGAAGAAGUCAUAUGCUGGUGCUUGGAAAACAGCCGGUGCUGGACCACAGAUUGUGACCGCUAAUCAGACUCCACCCAAUGGUCGCACCCAUCUAUCCAUUCUCGAUAUCCCAUCUAGUUCACCACAUUCAGGAAGUCUCUCACCAAAAAUACAUACACCACAUAUCUCAGAGGGCUUUCGCUUUCCUCUAGGGUUCACGCCACCGCCAACAACAACAACAACAACUAUAGUCUCUGGCUCAAAAUCAGUCACACCGAAAAUCAGUGAAACUAAUGUGGAGGUAGUGCAGAUAUCUGAUGCGGGCUCUGAUAUCGAGGCAAAUUCAGACUCGUCAGAAGCGUCUUUCGUAUCCCCAAAGGAAACCGCCCAAGAGCGCCAAGUGAGAUUGAUGCAGCGUCGGACUCGAGGAGUUCUUCCUGCCUCAUGGGUUCGACUCAAUGCACAACAAAAGAUAGAUGAACAAAGGGCAUCUCAGCAUACUCGCAAUGCUACUUCUAAUCGGACAGAUGGUAAAGGUGUUGCUCGAAAAGUUGCCAGGAAGGCUGGAAAUUCAGGGAGCACCUCAAUCCAACGAUCCGUCUUCAUAGAUCUUGGUGAUUCCGAGGACAGUGAUGAAGAUGAUCUCGCCUCCAAAAUCACCAAUACCGAGCCCGGGCCUGAAACUGAACCCCUCGAUGAGGCUUUCACUAGGAUAGUAGGAUUUCCGGAUCCGUUCGAUCAAGAUGGAGACAUCAUGGAAGAUAAUCGGAUAGACUAUAUGAUUCCUACAGUGUCUCGCAAGAGCGCCUCGAAUGGGAAGCUAAGGAGUUUGAAACGGGGGAAGCCGAGAGAAAGCACCUUAUUCAAAGAGAGACAAUCGAAGAGACCUCGGAUCCAACGUCAGACAAGAUUGACUGAUUCUUCAUAUGGAGGACGGCGAACAAAGCCUUCUACGAAAAGACAACCUCCCAGAUUGGGCGUCCUGGAUGUUCCUGAUGUGGCAUCCCGGCCACGAAAAGAGCAACCACAGUUUCUCAGAAUUGCUGCCAGGAAAGCUCGCUCGCGUCGAGACAGUGGCAGACAAAGUCCAACUCGAAAGUUUGUUCAACUUGGAUCAAAGCUGGACACUCUAGACGCAAACAAAUCAUUGCGAGACUGGAGACAUGGAGCGAUACCACAGUCAAAGGCAGCUCGACCAAAGCUACAAUCUCAGAAGCAUAAACCACUCGCAAAUACUUUGAGUGGCCGUCAUCGAGCGGCGCCAUCUGCAAGGUCAGCUCAAAUUCCCGUCCAGUUUGCGUCCGCAGAAACCCCAGAUAUUUUCGAGCUGGGUGGCCAACAUGUUCAGCACGAUUCAGCGGUGGAUGCUGUAGUACGUGCUGCUUCUGUUGCCCCUUCCGUGUCACCGAGCACAAACCCUAUUGCCAAUCAAUCUGCUCGACUAGAAAAGAGAGGUAACCAAUGGGUUGUUCAAAGAAAUGUUGUCAUCUCAUCUUUGCACCGAAAUACGCCUCGACCGGCUGCCACGAGCCUAGCAGGGCCUGCAAGAAAUGACUCGAAGCCUCAAGCCAAGUUUGGUAAAUCAUUGAUCCUAUUGAAUCGGGAUUAUCAACAUCAGCAACAGCAAACCUCUCUCAGUUUCAAACCAAGCCUGACUCUAGAUCGGUUCAUUUCAAAUACCGCCCGCUUAAGCCCAUCGAUCGAUACUGCUUCAGAGCAGUAUGCUGCAGCUCCGAUCAUUGGUAAUAAGUCGACAUCAGUAAAAAAACAAAAAUCUCGUCGUCGGUUGAAGAAGCAUGCCCCCAAACGUAUCAACGUUAACUCGGAUGAGUUCAUCCAAGAUCAUGUUUCAGACUUGGCUUUGACAAUAUCUGACCUUUCGAUGGAUCCAGAGAUGACUGAUGUUCCUCCCACUCACCCUUCAUCUCUUAUAGUAGGUGGACUUUUCAAUUGGGAAACCUCAUACCCUAUUGACUUUGGCAUGGCUCCUUUGCGCAAUGGUACUUAUUUUCAUGAAUCUACUUUCAUCGGAAGUGGGGAGUCUUCUCGCUCAUUACAUGUCUUGAAACGAGAUCUAGACCGUGAUGCCGGGCUAGCCCCCGUAACUGUCAAGGACCAAACCUUGUAUUGGGGUGCUUGGAACGAGAAAGUUUCGUCGGAAAUGGGAUCUGCCUUCGAUGCCAUGAUCGAAGAGGUUGAAAAGAGUGUCAUUCCGCCAAAGACAGUGAGCUCUGUGUCAUCCUUGAUUUCAGCCUCGGAAAGAUAUCGUGCUAUCAUUAAUUACGGGACAGAAAAGCUAUCAUUUACCGAUCCUGUUGAUCGGACAAGCUUCAUUACUCGUACGAUGGCCCUUGUCUUCAGGAUAAGAGACCCAGUGGCUGCUUUUGUCACUGGAACUGACUACAAUAAGGAUGGGCUCGUGAAGAUUGCAUGCUACAACCUUGUUUUUUCAAACCAGAUUUAUCAGAUCGCUUCUCACGCACUUGUCAAUCCAACACUUGCGAAUGACGCACUCGAUCUUGUCAGGAUUUCUGCAAAGGAUGUCUUUGCAGUGAUUCUUAGCGAGACUGGUAUUGCAGAACUUCAACACCUUUUUGAGGAAAUCAAACGAUCUGAACUACGAGAGGCGGGUCUCCGAGAUGGGUUCUCAACAGCAGAAGCUUACGUUAUUGUAAAACAGCUCCUACACACCUCGGAGACUCUCAGUGGCCUUCUUCGAGAUCUUUAUAUUGAUGUGUGUAUUAAGGGCUCCAUUCGUGGCCAAAGAAAUGUGAGAAUUUUGGAGAAUGCAUGGCGAGGAUUGUUCACAUUACUACCUUUGAAUGAAAUUGAUCACCGUGGCAUUGCAAUCCGCAAUUCACGAUUUAAACACAAGGAUGAUAACUGGACCCUUGUUAAGGAACUUCUAUCUCCUGCGCUGGAUCACUACGACACAAAUUCUGCGAAUCAUUCUGUCCCCUAUAAUGCCUACUGCCGGGCUCUGUUCCUCAGAUGUCAUCGUUUGAUCAACGCCUGGGGCUGGAGAGACUGCAAGCAUGUACUUGAUACUCUCUACGAUUUCUUUGCUCAAAAGACUCUCUAUAACUUGAAGCACGAGGAGAGUCACGGAUCUCCUUCAUUCCUUGAUGAGCUUGAUAAAAAUCCUUCCCUAGAGGCCCGAGCGGGAGAGCCGUGCUUCCAUACCCUGCUCAAGAUCAUUGCAAGCGGCUUACGGUUUCUGUCUCAGCAAUAUGACAAAAAAAAAGUGAGAAAUUUUGCGUGGCGCCUACUCCCGAAUCAUGGCCGCGUUUAUCCCAAGGAUCAAGCUUUACGCCAUGAAGACUUGGAUGCUCUGAGAAACCACCACGAUUUGCUUUGCACUUUGUAUUGGGCUGUCCCAGAUGGAUGUCGACCUCGUUUGGCAGCCAUUCGUAACCUUGUUGAUCCUUCAAGCUCGCACCGCGAAACAUGCAACAUCAAUCUUCGGUCAUGGACAAGACUUGUUCGAUUUCAGCUGUCAACUGACGAGGCUGUUUCAGAGCUGGAGCCAUUCGCUGAUUGGCAUAGCUAUUUUUUGACGCAGCUCCGACAACAGCAUUUGCAGGCUCGUCAAGAGAUUGAAGCCCAGAGUAAAAGCGACAAAUGGGCCUCAAAAGAACUGAUAGAAAGCACCAUUUCUCAAAAUCAACGACAGAUUGAAUCCUUGUUGAACAUGGCACUCGCGGGUAUGCAAUCUGCUGUUGAUCUUGCUCCAUCGAUAGAUCAUGCGUACAGAUUGAUCUCGAAGACACCCUUCGAGCCCAUACUUGGACUGUUCAAUCCGAAGACAGCACGAGUGAAUAGCGUUGUAUCCGAGGCCAUACGAGUUAUUUUAGCAUAUACCCGGAAAGACUCCCCUGCUCCGCCUCCAGUGUCAGCUCCUGUGGUUUCCGCGCCAGCUGAUGAAGAUAGUCAGGAAUUCGAAGGACUUGAUAACUGGGCAGAUAUCGAUGAAGUUUGGACUCAAAAAGCCCCAGUGAGCGAGGCAGUCGAGUAUGUGGAAAAGGUUCUCCGUCCAGCUGUGUAUCACCUUGUUUCAAAUUGCUUUGGUGCAGAUUACUGUCCAGAAGAUGCAAUCCUUGUGACGAUCGUAGACUGCUGGACAUCUAUUGCUCAGCUGAUGGUCCGACAUGGCUUCUAUUCCUGGGAUAGAUUUCUCAGUUCUUUCGGUGACGAAUCCUGGGCUAUGCUAAGAGCAACAAUGCAGACCCGAAAGUUUGCGGCUCAGUUUUUGGCGAUGUGCAUUAACAAGGAUGCAAAGAUUCUCAUCGACUCUCGAAUCCUAGUUAUGAACAUAUGGAUGUCAUCUCUGACCGAGCGAUCUUCGACGCUGAAGUUCCAGCAUCAACUCACGGAAGCUAUCUUGAACGGCAGUCUCCAGGACCCAUUACUGCAGAAUCUCCCCUUUUCCAGGGAUUUGAAAGAUGAUCGAUACUCGAUCUCAUUGCAUGAACUCAGCCAGCGACGGGUGGCACUCCUUGCAAGCCUUUUGUCAAAUAUGCGCGAACAUGUUUUGCAAUUGGAAGCGUCAGGUAGCCGAGAGGUGUCUGUCACAAGGCAGGAAUAUUCCGGACUACUUCAGCAACUGAUGACCUCCAUGAAAGAAAACUACCGCGAACUUAGCAAUGGAGCAGCUGGGGGCUCUAUCCAAGGUGCCUACGUUGAUUUCGUGCACAAUAUCGUCAGGUUUUUGCAAGAACUCACAAGCGAUAUUCGACCUGUCGAGCCCUUCUUCACUGAUCCCGCCUUCUUCCCUCUGCCAACUGCAGAUCCGCGUUACGUUGUCGCAAAACUAAAGAGAUAUGAGCCAAAGCUUUCCUCCUCCAAGGAGGUCCAAACGCUCACUAUUUUCAUCCAAAGCAUCAACGAGAGAGCCACAGUUGAAGGCCAGCAAAUGCAUCUGGUAGACCAGCUGUACACGGCCAUGAAAGAUACCUAUGAGGCAGGGCGUCUCGACAAGCCAACUCUCCGCGCUGUUCUCUUGCAAUGCAUAUUUCCGGUAUACCUUGAGUUGACAUUCAGUACUCCUGCAGCAUGGCUAUUAAGUCAGCCCAUCAUUAAGAGUGUCUCUCUUGUGUUCAAGGAUUUACUCUUCAAUUUGGAUACCACAGACCCAGCCUGUGUGUCUUCUUUAUUGAAGAUAUUCGACAUCGUGUUCCAGUCAUUGUAUCAUGCACUUCGACCUCUUUGCCACAAUCAAUCCCGAUUCAAGCACACAACCGUCCUAGCCCAGAUAGCCGCCUUCAUCGAGAUCAUAUCUUCGUCUCUUGUUGUGAUAGACUACAUUGACAGGACGACAGAUGCCGCCGAAGGCCUCAUCUCAUACAUUCAAUGGUUCAAGGACUUUGUCGUUACCGUAUCAUCCUACCUCGCUACCUCCGAUACAGCACAGGAAUUUCAGAACAUCGCCACCAAGCAACCACCAGACUCAACCUCAAGUACCCUGCCCCAACACAUCAUCACAGCCCGCCGCCUCGCUUUCGAAGACCACCAGUCCUAUCUCAAGAACUGGUCUGUUCACGGAAGCAAGUACUACUACAGCCGCCCAGGUCACGAGUCCAAGGAAAUUCUACUCGAACCUGCGAUUGCCACGUUGGUAGAAAAUGCGGCUUCCGCAUUCGCUGAUUCUUCGGCAGAAUUCCUGCGCAAGCUUGAUCAAUUGGAAUUUCUAUCGGAGUAA